CUUUUGCCUCUCCAUAAGGUAACCUGGACUCCUGAAAGGAAAUAAAUGUUAGUCUGUGCUCUUAAGCAGAAAGUGAAGAAUGCGUCCAGUCAGAUUACUAACUAUAGACAUGACGUCUUGUUUGAUAUGGCUGCUGGCGGUGUCUUAUUUGAUAGGUUCCAUUAAGGUGGGCUGUGACUCCGGUGUCGUGGUAAGCCCGCAUCCCACCCAAAAUUUAUCUUGGUGGCAGACGGGAGUGGUGUAUCAGAUCUACCCCAGGUCAUUCAAGGAUUCGGACGGUGACGGCAUCGGGGACAUUCGAGGUGAGUUAUGUUGGUGAGAAAAGGGGGGUAAUGACAGAGGGUGAUCACUGGGUAGAUGAUAGGAGUGAUGACAGGAACGAUGGCAAAGGUGAUGAUAGAAAUGUUAACAGGGGUGAUGACAGGAAGAUGACUAGGGUGAUAAUAGGAGUGAUGACAAGGGUGAUGACAGGGGAGAUGACAGGAGUGAUAAAAGAGUUGAUGACAGGAGUGAUGACAUGAAUGAAGACAUGAGUGAUGAAAAGGUGAUGACAGGAGUGAUGACAGGUGUGAUGACAGGAGUGAUGACAGGAUUGAUGACAGGGGUGAUGAUGGAGUGAUGACAGGAUUGAUGACGUGAGUGAUGACAUGGAGUGAUGACUGGAUGAUGACAGGGGUGAUGACAGGGGUGAUGACAAGUUUGUUGACAGGGCUGAUGACAGGAGUGAUGAAAGAUGUUAUGACAGAAGUGAUGACAGGAUUGAUGACAUGGAGUGAUGACUGGGGUGAUGACAGGGGUGAUGACAGGAGUGAUGACAGGGGUAGUGACAGGGGUGAUGACAGGGGGAUGACAGGAGUGAUGAUAGGAGUAAUGACAGGAGUAAUAACAAGGGUGAUGGCAGGGGGGUGACAGGAGUGAUGAAAGAGGUGAUGACAGGAGUGAUGACAGGAGUGAUGACAGGAAUGAUGACAUGGGUAAUGACAGGGGUGAUGACAGGAGUGAUGACAGGGGUGUUGACAGGUGGAUGACAGGAGUGAUGCCAGGAGUAAUGACAAGAGAAAUAACAAGGGUGAUGACAGGGGGAAUGACAGGAGUGAUGAAAGAGGUGAUGACAGGAGUGAUGACAGGAAUGAUGACAUUGGUAAUGACAGGGGGGAUGACAGGGGUGAUGACAGGAGUGAUGACAGGGCAACCUUACUUUUUUUUAAUGGUGCGGUCUUUGUACACAGGCACAACCCUUUUUUUAUUAUUAUUUUGAAUACGAAAAAGCCAAUAUCUUGGAAAGUUAACAAAUUAUUAUUUUUUUGUUUGUUUUGGUUUUAUAAAAUAAUUUAAUGUAAGAUUAUUAUUAUAUUAAACAUACCCAUAGCAAGAUCUUGGUCAAGUUGUUUUUGGUCAGUCGGGAGGCAACCAUGACCACUUCAAUCAUCAGAUUUGUGCUAGUUUGGUAUGUGCGUGCUCAGAUGUCUAAUGAGGCCGAUUCUGGCACGAAAUUUUUUUGUGUGCAGUAGAUGCUUGGGAAUGUUGGGGCAUCUCAGGGAGCAGAAUCAGACCGGACAUUCCUGGCAUGUGUCUUGCACUGUGCAGCCGCUGUUCUGCUAACUUCAUGUUGGAUGGGGCUCCUGUGUAAAAUGGAACGCCAUGAUGUUCGAUCCUUUGCUUUUUCCUCCUACGUGUCUGGGUUUAUGUCGAACGCUUUCAGUGAGGCUUUUAGGUUGUCUUUAAAACGUUUCUUCACUCCGCCAGCAGACCGCUUUCCAUGUUCAAGCUCACCAUAGAACAUUCUUUUGGGCAGACGGUGGUCUGAAUAUUCUCACAACAUGUCCCACCCAGCCAAGCUGGGACUGCAUUAAGAUGGUAAAUAUGCUGAGGAGAUCUGCCCGUGCGAGCACCCCAGGGUCUGGGACCCUGUCCUGCCAUGUAAUGUUUAGGAAUUUUCUGAUUCUUGUUGCAGGAAAAGUGGUUCAGCAUUGUUGCAUGGCGUUGGUGGACCGUCCACGUUUCACAGUCAUAGAGAAGCGUGGGGAGAACAGCCGCCUGAUAUACUUUCCGUUUAGUUUGAGUGCUUAUAUCUCUCCUGGUUCAUUCGUUCUAAGCCAAUUCCCCACAAGUUGUACUGACUCUCAAUCAUGUACCAAACACACCACGGUAAGGGUCUUAAAGUGUUUGUAUGAUUCUUGUAUCUUUAGGCAUCAUCUCUGAACUCGAUUACUUCACCUAUCUCGGCAUCGACUGCAUCUGGUUGAGCCCCGUAUGCAGAUCCCCGAUGAAAGACUUUGGGUACGAUUGUUCCGAUUUCGAGGAUAUCGAUCCUGUGUUUGGGACAUUAGACGAUUAUAAGACUCUGGUAGCCGAGGCUCACAAAAGAGGUUGGCCAGUGUCUGUAGAUUAGCUUUAAAUAAAUGUAGAAUAUAUGUAAUUUAUGAACAAGCAGUUCAAUGUUGUUUUUUUAAACUGAUGUUUCCUUCAAUAAUGCAAUUUAUAUUUUAAUUAAAGGUAAUUACCCAUUACUUUUUAAACAAAUAAUAGUUAAAGUGUAACUUUUUUUUUUUAAAGUGUGUAUCUCCCCUAAAUUGUAUUACUUUUUAUCUCCCCUAGGCCUCAAAAUCCUGUCCGACUUCGAGUCCGUCUAUUCCAGUGACCAGCACGACUGGUUCCAGAAAAGUGUGCGGCGUGAGGGAAAGUACACCAACUACUACGUGUGGGAGGACGGGCUACUACUCCCCAACGGGACUCGAGCUCCUCCCAAUAACUGGGUAUGUCUUUAGUUUAGUCUUUUGAGCUGAGGGCCAACUGGGUAUGUCUUUAGUUUUGUCUUUUGAGCUGAGGGCCAACUGGGUAUGUCUUUAGUUUUGUCUUUUUAGCUGAGGGCCAACUGGGUAUGUAUUUAAAUUUAGUUUAGUCUUUUUAGCUGAGGGCCAACUGGGUAUGUCUUUAGUUUAGUCUUUUGAGCUGAGGGCCAACUGGGUAUAUCUUUAGUUUUGUCUUUUUAGCUGAGGGCCAACUGGGUAUGUAUUUAGUUUAGUCUUUUUAGCUGAGGGCCAACUGGGUAUGUCUUUAGUUUUGUCUUUUUAGCUGAGGACCAACUGGGCAAUGAAUACGAAUACAUGCUUGAAAUCGGAAAAGAAAAGACAAAGCGCAUUUUAAAAGUUAUUUGAAAUGCCGAAGAAAGAUUGCUUUUUGUGACUAUGAGUGUGACUGUGAGUGUCACUGUAAGUGUGACUGUGAGUGUCACUGUGAGUGUGACUGUGAGUGUCACUGUAAGUGUGACCCUGACCGUGACAUUUCUGUCUUACAAAAUUUCAAGUCUUACAGUAAAUAUUUGAGAUAUUACCUUAUGUGUUCCAGUUAUCAAUAUUUGGUGGUCCGGCCUGGCAAUGGAAUGACGAAAGGCGACAGUUUUACUAUCAUGUCUUCUUGAAGGAGCAGCCAGACCUGAAUCACAGGGAUGCCAAUGUCCGGUGGGAAAUGUUGGUAAGUCACGUGUAAAUAGUGUGGGGAAUGUUGGUGAGUAAGUAGGUCGUUGGAAAUAGUGAGCGGCAUGUUGGUAAGGUACGGAGAGAUUCCUUUGAAGAUGGGUGAGUACUAUUAGUAAGCUAGAGAUACAUGCACAUUUUGCCGAUGUAUGUACAUGUUAAACAGUUAUUAUAUAUUCAACAAUAUUAGAUCGAACAUAAUUGCAAAUCAGAAAUUCAUGGAUUUAAGAUAUGUAAAAUUAUGGCACAUACCGUAUUUUCGCGCAUAUAAGAUGCACCCAAUUAUAAGACGCACCGUAUAUAAGACACGGGUCUCCGCCAUUUGUGUAUUAUAUAUUUUAUAUGAGACGCACCCAUACUUACGACCCACCCUUACUUACGACGCACCCAUACUUACGACCCACCCAUACUUACGACCCACCCAUACUUACGACCCACCCUUACUUACGACGCACCCAUACUUACGACGCACCCAUACUUACGACGCACCCAUACUUACGACCCACCCAUACUUACGACCCACCCUUACUUACGACGCACCCAUACUUACGACGCACCCAUACUUACGACGUACCCAUACUUACGACGCACCCAUACUUACGACGCACCCAUACUUACGACGCACCCAUACUUACGACGCACCCAUACUUACGACGCACCCAUACUUACGACGCACCCAUACUUACGACGCACCCAUACUUACGACGCACCCAUACUUACGACGCACCCUUACUUACGACGCACCCAUACUUACGACGCACCCUUAGCAUCAGUUUGGGGUUAUAUUCUGCGACGACGACAGAGAAUUUGAUUCACGUUUCUGUGGAUGUGAAGACGAAAUUGAUGACGAUGAAAAUGGAGGUGAAUAGUACAAUAUGGCGCAUUGAUUUUUGAUAAAUUCAAACAUUAUUUUUUCAAACAGUUUAUUACAUUUGUCUUUAAUAAAAAAAAAAUAUAUAUAUAUAUGAUAUAACUGAUUUUCAUAUUUAAGUCCAAUAUUGAACAAAUUCUUGUCGUGUUUUCGAACUAUUUAGUCUUGUCUUGUUUUCGAGCACAUCCACUAACUAACGCACAUAUUCUGGUGAAGGUCUGAGAUUACUCUCUUAUGACCCCGGCUAGUAAAUUGGCUAUCAACUCCAUCUGUUGAGCUGAGCCAUACAACAUGUCCCUCACAAAGGAUCCUCCAACCGCCCUGGCUUCCCCCGGGAGAUCUAGUGCGGGACACUCCGUCAACAGAUGUUCUAAGGUCUCUGGGGCCAGGCUGCAGUGCCGGCAGGUAGGAUCUCUGUUGUUGUCCAACCUCCAGAAAUAUGUGCGCAGGGGGCAGUGCUCGGUGCGCAUCUGCGUUACUAGACUCUGCACUCUACGACCUAACCCCCACCAUGGGUCUUGUUUGCUAGGAGUAGGCAAGUUCGAAUAGACGCCUCUGGCGGUCGUGUUGUCAGCCCAUUGCCUGUACCACUUCUGCCUGAAGUGGUCCGCCAGCCAGUUUUUGACUCCCAAGAAAGUCAUUGGUACUUCUGGCUGAGGCUGGGCUGCCCCGGUUUUCGCCAGAGUGUCAGCUAUCUCAUUGCCACUGAUGUUGACAUGCCCUGGUAUCCAUUGCAUUUCAACCUUGCACCCUAUUUCAUCAAGUCUGCAUAUGUCGUUGUGAAUGACGUCGACCAAGCUUGUGGUACCCUGUCUCUUCUCCAAGAUCUCAAGAGCGGAUCUUGAGUCUGAGAAGACGACAAUAUCGAGCCCCGCAUGUUCCGUCCCUUCCAGAGUGAUACGGACUCUCUCCAAGGCCUUGUGCAUAGCUAUAAGCUCCGCGUCAAAGUUUGACGCUGUAGUCCCACAAGGCCCGGAGAGUUUUUCAUUGGGUGGUCCACCUACUGGGUACUGAAUAAGCGCACCGUACCCAGCAGUUCUUUUCCUAAAGUCAGCAGAGCCGUCCGUGAACACUUUCACAGGUAUGUGUGUGAACACAUCCAUGGUCUCAAGGGCAGCCACUCUCUGUACAUGUUCAGGGCUUCGUUUCGUCACUGCUGCAUCUGUCAAGGCCAAAUGUAUGGAGGGGCGUGAGGGUUCCGCAUAAGGCGGAUUAACUGGGAUUUGGGUCAGGCGUUCUCUAUUUGGGGGCAGGGGGACUGUCCUCUCCAGCUCCACGACCUGGUGCAUGAAAGAGGACCUCUUUAGUCUCCUGCCACCCACCCAGUUAUUUUGCAUUUGAAAGGCUGGUUCAUGUUCACCGAGCCGUCGGUACCUCUCUACGGUACACCCACUAAAGAUACCAACAAAAUAUUUAAAAAAAUCUUUGAACAUAACCGCAUGUAUAGGUCAUUUAUCCGCCGUAGUUUUUGCUAUGAUAAUUUACAACAAUCAACAAAACAAUUGAAACAUACUAUAUUGUAUCAAUUUAAACUUGUUUUACGACUAAACUUAGAUCUGCAAUAAUUGCGGUACACAAAACAUUGAAACGAAAGGAUUUUAAAUCUUGAAGUGUCCUGCAUUGGAGCGGUACACGUGGUCAUUACUGAACAGGAACCCAAUUAUUGUUUUUACAAAUAGGAAUGAAAACGUGAAUAUCGACUGCUGUAAUCGUCCUUCCAUAUCACACACUGUACCGUUUUUUUUUCGUCUUUAAAAAAAUACCUACCGUAUUUUCGCGCCUGUAAGACACACCUGCUUUUAAGACGCGCCCAUAUAUAAAACGCUGGUUGUCGCGAUUUGUGUCAAAAAUAGUGUACAUAAGACGCAACCAUGUAUAAGACGUACCCUGGGUGCGGGGGUUGUUAAAACUUUGUACAAGGCGCGUCUUAUGUACCCGAAAAUACGCGUUGCAAUGUUAAAUUCAAUAUGCUAAUAAAAUAUUUUAAUUAAAUGUUUUAUGUAGUGAUAAACAUACACAAAUGAUUGCUUGCAAUUUUAAGCAAAUUGUCACAGUAAAGCUAAAUAUCUAUAUCUAUCUUUAUUUGGAUUCUCAUAGUAUACAACUCUACACUAGAAUUUAUCUUUGUUUUUUCUUUUUUUUUUUUAAAUACCACAGUGCACUCUGCACUUGACUUAUCUUUAUUUGCAUUGUCAUAGUGCAACUCUACACUUGACUUUAUCUUUAUUUGAAUGCACCCGUUCAUGCUGCAGGACACACUCCGCUACUGGCUUGACCUGGGUGUGGACGGUUUCCGAUUGGACGCCAUCUCGGCCCUAUACGAAACCGGGAAUGUUACUCUGAAUGAACCGCCGUCAGGACGAAAUGUUCCUCAUGUGGGUAAAAAAUAAAAUUGCCCUCCCUUGGAUAUGGAAAAUCAUAAGAUACCUACAUACAAUUGAUAAGAUAUCUAUAUAGAUUUGAUAAUAAAUCUAUAUUGAAUUUAUAAGAUUUGUGUAUGGAAUGUAUACGAUAGCUUUAUAGAAUUUAAAAGAUAGCUAUAAAGAAUGUAUAAUAUAUCUAAUAUGUAAUACAUGAAUGUAUAAUAUAUCUAUAAUGAAUAUAUAUGUUAUAUAUAUUUAAGGAAUUUUAAAUAUAUCCAUAUAGAAUUUAACAUGGGGGGAAGUCUUAUUUAAUGGAUCUCAUCUAAUUUAACAGGAAGAUCCUGAUUUACAUUUCUUCAGUAAGCAACGGUACAAAUACAACCACCCACAACCAAAAAGAAUUUAUUUUUUUUUAAAGUAACUUGGAAAAAAGUAAUCAAAUUAUUCCGGCAUGUGUCUGCUAAACUUAACAACCGUUUCUAAAUGUCCUACUUUAGGACCAGGAGGACUUUUUAAAUCACACCUACACACAAAAUCAACCGGAAGUGUAUCCAGACGUGACGUCAUGGCACGAGCUGCUACAAGAAUACAGCCGCAAAGAUGGCAACGAAAGGUAAAAAAAUGUCUCUUUAUUUUUUAGUAACUAGUAUAUUUUUAGUUCUGUAUGUGUACAUUAAUCAAGUUACAAAAUGUUCAGUUCUGUAUGUGUACAUUAAUCAAGUUACAAAAUGUUCAGUUCUGUAUGUGUACAUUAAUCAAGUUACAAAAUGUUCAGUUCUGUAUGUGUACAUUAAUCAAGUUACAAAAUGUUCAGUUCUGUAUGUGUACAUUAAUCAAGUUACAAAAUGUUCAGUUCUGUAUGUGUACAUUAAUCAAGUUACAAAAUGUUCAGUUCUGUAUCUGUACAUUACUCAAGGUCCUAUAUUUUUAUCCCAUAAUUUUAAAAUAAUUCAAAUGCUAACAACAUAUUAUAUUGUUUCUUAAUGUUUUAAUAUAUAUUCUAUAUAUAAUAAUUAAACAAAUAAAAAAAAUAAAAAAAAUAAAACUGGUUUUCUCAGAUUCAUGGUCAUCGAAAUAUACGAAGGGACGCAAAUCCGAAAAAAACUCUACGCCACGGGAGGUAAUCCGUUCAACUUUGACCUCUUAGGCAUGAGCAGAAAUUUAACGGCCCGUGAAGUCUUUGAGACGGUCAUGAACGAGUACGACAACCUGCCUCCAGGCAAAUGGCCGAAUUUUGUGGUUUGUCUUUUUUGACGUGACGUGUUCCCAACUGAUUUGAUACGCCCGUGUGGAGCAUCAGUUGACAGACAUUUUGUUUUUGUUUACAAACAGCACCAUUGUUCUAGUAUGAUGGGUUAGUUGGACGCUAAGACCAGAGACUCAGCCACGGUUUGACAUACUGUAACGAACGACCUGUACAGAUCACCUAUACAAGUUUAACUAAAUCUAAGAUAACAUUAGAUAAGAUUAGAGACGAUUAGACAAGGUAACAGUAGAUAAGAUAAGAGCAGAUAAGAUUAGAUAAGAUAAGAUUAGAUUAAUAAAAUAUUAAAUGAGAUAAGGUUAAAAAGAUAAGAAUCGUAUAUGUCAUCAGAUAAUAUAAGAUUGGGUAAGAUAAGUUUAGAUUAAAAAUAUGUUUAGAAAAGAAAGAAAAAAUCAUUUAUGUUUAAAUGUGAUUAAAUAAUAUAAGAUUAGGCAACAUAAGAAUAAAUGAGUAGAUAAUAGUAGAGCAUAUUAUGAGAUAAGAUUUAGCUUGAGUUAGUCCUACUUACCAUUUCUUGUUUUACCCUUGUGAUUGUGUUUGUUGUCGAAAUAGUAUGUGUUAGUCCUUCUCUUUUUUACUGUUGUGUUUAUAAAAUGUGUUUGCAGUAGUCCUGUAUUUGUGUCUGUUCUUUUAUGUCUUUCUGGUUUUCUUUGUUAUUGUUCGUGUUCUUGUACGUGCUUGUGUUCUUUUAUGUGCGUGCUUCACUUCUAUGUGCUUUUGCACUUUUAUAUACCGGUGAACUUCAUGUGCGUAUGCAUAGACAUGUGCACGUGCCCUUUUAUGCGCUUCUGUGCUUUCACGUGCGUGUGUUAUCUUAUGUCAGUGUGCAUGUCAACUUUUGUCAACAUGUGCUUGUCAAACGUUUACGAGCUAGUCCACUUUUAUGAGCGUGUGCCCUUUUAAGCACUUGUGUACUUUUAUGUGCUUGUGUACUUUUAUGUGCCUGUUUUUGUCCAGGUUUGAAGUUGUCUUCAUCUCUUCCUGUUUUUUUUAAAAAUAUUCUGCCAGCUGGGUAACCAUGACAGUCGGCGAAUAAGUCAUCUGUAUGGACCACAAUAUGUCGAUGUUUUCAACACACUGGUUCUCACAUUAUGGGGCACACCAACUACAUAUUACGGAGAGGAGCUGGGGAUGUUGGAGGCGGACCUCAGAUGGGACCAAACUCUGGACCCGUGGGGAUUAUUUUAUGGACCGGUGAGCCCCCAUUUUGAUGUUUCUAGGAACUUUACCGACCCUUUGCGGCAUUACGUUUACAUGAUGUGGUUUGCAAAAGUCAAGUAACGCAAUAAAGCCGGCCGCCGUACUAACCAUGAACACGAUAAUUCUAGAAAUAUCCUAGGAAAGGUUUUCAUAUCGUUAGUUUCAAACAAUAUGGAGAUGAAUAUCAGAAAAGAAAAGUCUUUAUUAAUGCCUUGCCCCAGGACCAGAUUUUACAAAAAUUGUAUAACAUUGAGUUUUUAAGUAAUUAUUUCAAACUGGCUGUAUUGUGUUUCAUCAUGUUUCAUUUGUUAAGAAAGCAAUUUGAGAACAGCUUAUGGACCUAAAUUUCUAUCUACAAUAGAGACUGGUGUAUUUAUCGUAAGUAAAGAAACGUUGAAAAGCAAAACUAAAAAAAACAACAAAAAAAAAACAACUAUUGCAAGCGAAGCUGUGUCCCCUUGCUUGUCUCAGAGUCGCUACGAUGAGUUCUCCAGGGAUCCCGAGAGAACCCCCAUGCAGUGGACGAGCGGUCCCCAGUCUGGCUUCACGACAGGGAACACAACGUGGCUACCACUGGCCACAAACUACACGACGCUCAACGUCCAGGUCAGUGACCCCUCCCCCCCCCCUGCCCCCAAGCUUUCUACUGCAGCAUUUUAGCUCAACGUCCAGGUCAGUGACCCCUCCCCCCCCCCCCUGCCCCCAAGCUUUCUACUGCAGCAUUUUAAAGACGCGCUCUAAGCACGGAUUUUUUUUAGAUAUAUAAUAGCUCUUCUGUGUGUCGCCAUUCAAAACAAUGUUUCUUUAAACCUUACGAAAAGAUAUUGUAGUUUUGACCUUCAACAUAAAAUAGUACUCCAAAAAAAGCAUUUAUUCUUAUCUGGUUGAGUUGGACAUUUUCAACAUUAUAAAGUUCCUUUUUUAGUUGGUUCGCCUCAUAUUUCAUAGAUCUUCAACAGAACACAUAUUUAGGAAUGAUCAUUUCAAAAACGGUAUCUGUUCUUAAUAGCUGAGCUGGGGAUGAUAAAUCCUGUUAGAUGAAUUAGUUUCAUCACAUACCUACUUAUGCCGUUUACCCCCGUCUGUGGGUAUAUGCCGUCUGCACGCAUUUUCCAAUCAUCUCGGUUCUGUGCUUUCCUUUUCAGUUGCUCCCAGGUAAAUUUUGUUGCCUCCUCAGAAUCGAGCAUUUAGCUUAGACUAAAUAGUUUAACUGCACGUGUUUUGGAAUGGGAAAAUGGAGAAUCAGCGAACCUUUGAAAAAAGAACAUUCCAACAUUCUUGGUUAUGGGGAUCAAUGUCUAAAUGAAAAUUUAAAAUAUAAAAACAUUUACCGAAGAUGAACAUUUUUUUGCUUUCUAAUAUUGAAAAAAAUAAAUUGCCAAAGCAGAAAAAAACGAUUCAUUAAAAUUUGUUAAUAAACAAAAUAUUGUUUAAUGUUAUUCGUCCUGAACAAAUACCAAAUGUUAAAGGUCAAAAUAUUAAAAUGUAUAUUCUGACUUUAAAAAAAAAAAAAUUCUGUUGAUCUUAAAGGUCAAAAUCCAAAGUUUAUAUAUUUAACCUUUGGCCCAAAAAAGUUUUAGCAAAUGAAAUACUUAAUGGUUGUUGUUUUUUUUUAAAUUAUAAAUGAGGUUUGCAUGUGAUUCAAAUAGACGGAGAAAGAGAGUAGCCAACAAACAAGUCUCAAACUGUACAAACAACUUGUAGCUCUGAGGAAGAAACAAGCUUUUCAGACUGGUGAAUUUAAGGUGAGCGAAAGUUGAUUAAUAACGAUUUCAUCGAUGUUUAAUUAAAGAUAAUUAACAUAAUUAUCGGAUUUUAAAAAAAAAAUUAACGAUGUCAACAGUGGUAAGAUAAGGAUAAUAAACAUUUGUAAACAACAGAUAUCAAUGCCUGCCUAUCUGCCUACCUACCUGCCUACCUAAAUACUUACCUAUCUACCGACCGACCGACCAACCUACCUACCUAGCUGCUACAAGUGCUAUAUGUGUGAUAAUAUUUUUUCAGGUUUAAAACAUGUGUGAAAGUGACGACAUUGUUGUGGUUAGUUGGUCUUUUCAUUGUUUUUUUUUCCCCCCCCCCCCCCCCCCCCGCAACCAAUCCUUUUAGUGGCUACUCUAAAUUUUAAAGUUAACCCUAGUUACCGGUACGUUGCAAGAUUGAAAUUGGCCCAUCAAAAGUAACACUACGUUCUUGUGUUGACUCCAACAAGCCUGCCAUCGUCACCGAUGACGUGUUCUCCUACUUCCGUUCGGGAGAUUUCGAGACGUAUUUGGUCGUGCUGAACUUUAGAGUGGAAGAAGUCAACGACUGGUCAACCUACGCCGGGGUUAAGGCAACAGCUGUACUCGUAACACCAGGUCAGUUUCAUGGCAUGAUAUAUAUAUAAUACUUCAUUUAACUUACCGCCCUUCCAAAUUUGAUACUAUCAAUAUAAUAUAUUGAUAGUAUCAAAUUUGGAAGGGCGGUAAGUUAAAUGAAGUUUCUUGCGGCAGGCCUCAUAUAUUUCAGUUGUAUUUUGUAGCUUAACUUACGAUCCAUAACAUCUUGCAUACAUCGAUAUUCUCCAUGCUUCUUUCACCUGUAAUCUUUAGGCCGAAUUCAUACAACAGUUUAGAAUCAUAUUUUUUAUUCACUUUGAACCCGUAGCUCUAGAAGUUUCACUAUAGAUAGAUCAUAUUUACACUUGCGCUGUCUAGAUGACCGCAUUUUUUCUACUCUGUAAUUUUCAAUAUUUACCUACAGGUGUCAAAGCUAUUCAAGAAGGGCAAGAGGUAAAUCUUCAAAAUUUAAGACUUGGACCAGGAGAAGGCUUGGUGUUACGAGUGUCUACCACCACAUCACCAAUAAUUGGAUAAACGCCUUCAGUUGGAUUCACCUUUUUUUUUAACCAGUCCAAUUUAGCAUAUACUAAGACUUAUCAUUUAUAUCACUUUUAUAGUUAGUACGGUCUCUUCAUAUUUUCAAAGGUUCC